AUGAGUAAUCGAUCACGCAAUGGUGGUAAUCGUCGUGCAAUAUCGCCUAAUGUUGAUGUGAUGUAUUCACUUAAAGUUGAUAAUUUAACAUAUCGUACACGUGUCGAAGAUUUACGACGAUGUUUCGAAAAAUUUGGUCCUAUUGGUGAUAUCUAUAUUCCACGAGAUCAAUUCUCACGAUCAAGUCGUGGUUAUGCUUUUGUUCGUUUUACUAAAAAACGUGAUGCACAAGAUGCACUUGAACGUAUGGAUGGUACUGAUCUUGAUGGACGUGAAAUACGUGUACAAUUUGCUCGUUAUGGUCGUGCAUCAGCUUCCGAUAGUCGAGAAAAAGCUCGCCAUCGACGAACACGUUCACGAUCAAGAUCUCGACAACGUUCAAAACAUCGAUCACGUAGUAGUAGUCAUCAUCGACAUUCACAAUCUCGAUCACCACGUCGUUCAAGAUCAACAUCAACUUCAAAACGAAACAAUCGUACUGAAAAUGGUGAACGUGAUCAAAAAGAAGAAAAAAAAUAA